UUGUAUUAAAUCGGUAUAAAAUCUGCGCUAUAUCUUGUUGGAUAUGGCGGGGAUUGAACUUCUCUCCAAGCCAAGCAACAGACCACUGAUCGACGUAAGGAGCAAUAUCGCAAACGACCUAAGGCAGAAAUCCAUCGCAAAAGAAAUAGAGCAUAGACGUGAUAUAGAUAGAAAUAGUGGACCUAAUGUGUCCAACCAAACUGCAUUUCGUAGUUUAAAAGCUGGUGACCUCGGUUCAGUGAACUCAACUAAUCGCAUAUAUUCACGCAUUGACGAGAGCCUGUCCAACGCGAAAAACGCACUUAGAGAUUUAAGGGUGCCAGACAUCGAUAUUGAGGAUGUCAAGCAAGAGUAUAUACAGAAGGUAGGGAAGGACUACUCUGCAGUUGGAUUGACAUCCUACUUGCUUGCACAAAAGGAUGCCAGAGAAUACAGGGAGCGCUGUUUCCGCAUUUUAUCAUGGAAGGCUAAAUCUGCUGCAGCCGAUGGGAUGCUCGACACAUCGGAUACACCCUUCUUUAGCAACAGUGGCACGCAAUCUAUUCGCAAGCGGACGCCAGAUGAUGUCCUUUUGACUAAUUUGGGUAGCGAUAAUGGGAUCUCAGCUUUUCACAGUCCUGACGGUCUGUUCAUAUCUCCUACCAGGCCCGAUAGAUCAUUUGGCUUGGGCAGUCCUUUUGCUGCACAAGCUGGAUUGAUCAACGGUGACCCUCUGUUCAGUGAUGCAAGUGAUGUCGAUGACUAUUUCACAAUUGGUCCUAUGAAGGGCAAUGAAGGCAGCCACAGUGUUGGAUUUGACUUCAACAGGAGCCAAGGCAUCCCCAGCCAGAGGAGCGACGCCCCUGUGCAACAUUCACCAGAAGGUGCGUCGGCGGAAUCGCAACAAAGUAGGCUAAGGAUAGUGGAAGAGCUGUUAAAGGAACAUAGACACAUCAUACCAGAGGAUGUAGAUCUCAAUACCUUAAGUUACGCAGAAAAGCGGCAGCUGCUUCGAGAGCUAGGUUUCGGGGACGAUUACAUUGCAAAUCGUCUAUGUGACCGCUCUGCAGGGUCCCAAAAAAGAAGGCCCAAGAAACUGACGCCCCUUGAGGCGUUCAGCAUGUACGACAGGCAGGACAUAAAUGAAUCGAUGCAGGUACAUAAGGAUCUGAGUUUGGAGUUCUCACGUUACGUGAAGAGCAACGAACCGCCAUCGGUAACCAGCGAAGCGCUCAGUGGAACCCAUGAGACCUACAGCAGUUUGAAGGCCAGACUCGGGCUGUGAUACGUUAUGUGUGGUCCACUGGGAUAUAUACAAUCCAUACAGCAGUAUACGAACAAACGCGCUGGUAAUAUUUCAAA